AUGGCGCAACAUUCCGAUAUUGCACGGUCGGCAAUCAUGUCGUCCGCCACUUCAGACCCUUCAUCCCGGGGGGAUCAAAGGAAUAUGAACCAUCGACUCAACGGCAUCUCAAAUGGAUCUAGCCCUGGCUCGGGUAAAGAAGGAGCAGUGAUGCUUCCGAAAACUGUGGUCGGGAGAGCGCUAGGAAAUGACUUGCAUUCCGAUGUCCACAAGGCAUCACAGGCGCCCAAGGGCGGAGUCGGAACCGCCUUGACUGACACUCCGAUUUCUACCGCACCGCCGUCUCCACAGAUAUCGGGUCGUACACAACCAGGCACCCCGAGCAGUAGAGUCCGAGCCACCACUCUUGAUAUUCCCGGCCUGACCAAGUCCAAGGUCUCUCCAGAUGGCCGAAUUGCUCAACGCGAUGUCGGUGCAAAGCUGGUCAUCGUUAUGGUCGGCCUCCCCGCCCGUGGCAAGAGUUACAUCACCAAGAAACUUGCCCGCUACUUGAACUGGCUUCAGCAUGACACACAUAUCUUCAACGUUGGUGCACGUCGUCGUGUUGCAGCUGGCAGGUCUCCCACACCGGCCCCUCGAACCGCAGAAAAGGGCCCGAAGAAUGUCCACCGGGACCUCGUCGACUCGGUGCGCCGCCUGAGUGUGAGCGUCGGAAAACACAAUCAAGGCGAAUACUCUCCGCCGGAGGAAGCCCCUCUUCCACCCCCAGCUGUUCCUACUAAGAUCCUUGUAAACGGCAAGGAUGUCGAACCUUCUGUCUCGCAGAAUGGAGGCACGGUAAUUCCGUCAAUUGAUGCGAGCCCUGGCCAGUCAAUCCAGGACGAGGCCACCACAGAAGCUUCUCCAGAACCAAUGGACCAGACUGCGAAUUUCUUUGACCCGCAGAAUCAAGACGCUGUCAAGCUUCGGGAGCGAGUCGCCCUCGACACUCUUGAUGAGCUUCUCGACUACAUUUUGGAUGAAGGCGGCAGCGUCGGCAUUCUCGAUGCGACUAACAGUACCAUGGAGCGUCGCAAGGCUGUCGUUGAUCAUAUUCGGAAACGGGCUGGCCCAGAAUUGAACAUCUUGUUCCUUGAAAGCAGCUGUGUGGACCAGACUUUGCUCGAGGCCAAUAUGCGCCUGAAGCUGUCUGGACCUGACUACAAGGGCCAAGACCCGGAAAAGUCACUGGAGGAUUUCAAGAGGCGUGUGGCUCUCUACGAGAAGUCGUAUGUUCCCCUAGGCGAAUACGAGGAGAAAAUGGGCAUGGCAUUUAUCCAAAUGAUUGAUGUUGGUCGCAAGGUUGUCGCCCAUCAAACGCAUGGUUUCCUGUCAUCACAGGUUGUCUACUAUCUUCUCAACUUUAACCUCUCUCCACGCCAAAUUUGGAUCACGCGACAUGGCGAAAGCCUGGAUGACCAGGCCGGUCGAAUUGGUGGAGAUUCUGGCCUCAGCGAGAAUGGUCAGCGAUACGCCAGGGCCUUGACUAGAUUCAUCAAUUCCCAGCGGGAAAAGUGGGAGCUAUAUCAGCGCCAGAAGGACUUGCUGAAGCACUUCCCACCUCGUCCGGGUGACAGCACUCCCCCGAAUCCUUCUUAUAUCCCUCAUGACCAGCCCCGAAAUUUCUGUGUGUGGUCAUCGAUGAUGAAGCGGGCCGUCCAAACAGUCGACUACUUCAAUGAAGAAGAGUAUGACGUCAAGCAAAUGCGUAUGCUUGAUGAACUUCACUCUGGAAGGAUGGAGGGCAUGACCUAUAAGGAGAUUCAGGAGAAGUUCCCCGAGGAAUAUGCUCACCGCAAGAAGGAUAAGCUUUUUUACCGAUACCCCGGACCUGGUGGAGAAGGUUACCUCGACAUUAUUAACCGCUUGCGGGCCGUCAUUGUCGAGGUUGAGCGUACUACUGAUCACGUUCUACUGGUUAGCCACCGAUCUACUGCCCGUGUACUCCUUUCUUACUUCCAGGGUCUGCAACGUGACCAGGUCGCCAAUCUGGAUGUUGAGAUGGGCGUGCUCUACAUGUUGGAGCCCAAGCCUUACGGUGUUGACUUCAGGGCUUACCGUUACAACCCUGAAUCCGAGUGGUUUGACUUUGUUCCUGGUUACCAAUUGAAGCAGGUCACCGGACAUGACCGCCAAGCAAGCAUCGCAUUCUGA